AUGGCAACAGAAUCCUCUACGUCUACUACUACUUCUCCUCUCAAGACUCGCUUCUCCGUCAAAAACGGUGUACGUAAACACAUGCUUGAAGAGGAGAUCACCAAAUGCAAACAGAACGGCCAAUCUGUUCUCGAGUAUUAUGGACGUCUCACCAAGCUUUGGGAAGAGGUUCAGAGUCUCAAAACCUCUGUUUCCUGCACCUGUUCUGCCGCUGCAUUCAUGGAGAAAGAACGUGAAGAUGCUCGUGUUCACAGCCGAGAAAUCGCUUCUCCCUCAAAGGAAUCUGGAGAGAAGAUGAGAAGCAAGAAAGCGGCAAAGAAGGAAGCCGCGAAACUGUGCCGCAAACAAGAACAAGAAACCCUAAACCGCAAGACUGCUUCUCUAUCCCUGGAAGAUGAAUCGUAUUAUUCCGAGAACUACGGUGACGUGACUUUCACCGAGUUAAACUCGACGGCGGCCGGUAAAUGGAGAGAGGCUACUGAAGGAAAGAAGAUGACCGAAGUGAGGGAUUUGGUGGAAGAGAUGGUUGGAACAGAGGUUCUGAUCAGAGGACGAUUAGAAACGUAUCGCCAUAAAUCUAGCAAACUAGGGUUUAUGAUGUUGAGGCAAAAUGGAUUCAAGGUCCAAUGUGUGGCUACACAAUCAGAGGAGACCAAAGUGAGCGUCAACAUGAUUAAAUUCCUCAAGCAGCUUAGCAGCGAGUCCUUUGUCGAUGUCAUCGGUGUUGUCGUGCUCCCCAAGGAACCUGUUAAAGCAUCCACGCAGAAGGUCGAGAUUCAAGUGAGAAAAGCCUACUGCCUCAACAAUGGCUUUCCACAGUUACCACUUCUCGUGGAGAAUGCUGCAAGAAGUGAAGCAGAUUUAAAGGCUGGAAAAGCUGGUGCUGAUCAGUAUACACGUUUGAAUAAUAGAGUGAUCGACCUCAGGACACCGGCUAAUCAAGCCAUUUUCCGCAUUGAGGGUCAUGUCUUUUUUGCGUUCAUAGAGUUUUUAAUAUCCAAGAGGUUUGUUCCAAUCUUCACACCGAAACUGAUCGCUGGUAGUAGCGAAGGUGGUUCUGCUGUGUUUAAGUUGGACUACUUUGGACAGCCUGCUUGUCUGGCUCAGUCUCCUCAGCUUCAUAAGCAGAUGGCAAUAUGUGGAGACUUUGGACGCGUCUUUGUGGUUGGUUCUGUUUUCAGAGCAGAAGACUCCUUCACUCAUAGACACCCUAUGAAGCACGGACACCUGUGUGAAUUCGUUGGUCUUGAUGUGGAGAUGGAGAUUCAAAUGCACUAUUCUGAGAUUAUGGAUCUUGUUGACGAGCUGUUUGUCUUCAUAUUCACUAAAUUGAACGAGAGGGGCAAUGAGGAACUAGAAGCUGUCAGAGAGCAAUACCCAUUUGAACCUUUGAAGUUUCUUCCAAAAACAUUGAGGCUAACUUUUGCAGAAGGGAUUCAAAUGCUUAAGGAUGCUGGUGUGGAGGUUGAUCCUCUUGGAGAUCUAAAUACAGAAACUGAGAGAAAGCUUGGCCAGCUCGUUUUAGAAAAGUACAACACAGAGUUCUACAUGCUGCAUCGCUUCCCUGCUGCAGUUAGGCCAUUCUACACUAUGCCAUGUGGAGACGAUCCUCGCUACAGCAACUCAUUUGAUGUCUUCUUAAGAGGUGAGGAGAUCAUAUCAGGAGCCCAACGUAUUCAUAUCCUAGAAUUCUUGGAGGAACGAGCAGGAGAAUGUGGCAUUGAUCUGAAGACGUUAGAAACAUACAUCGAUGCAUUUAGGUACGGUGCACCUCCUCACGGUGGAUUCGGAGUUGGGCUGGAGCGAGUCGUAAUGCUCUUUUGUGCCCUCAAUAACAUCCGCAAAACAUCGCUUUUCCCUCGUGACCCUCAAAGGCUCGCUCCCUAA